UUCAGGUCUCAAAGUCCAACUGGGGUUUUUCUCUGAUCUCUGUGGGGAGUUUCUGUUGUUUAGAAAUGUAGCUUCCGUUAGAUUAUUAUUAUUAUUAUUAUUAUUAUUAUUAUUAUUAUUAUUAUUAUUACUGCGUGUGUGUGUGUGAGCUGAUAACAUGCAACAGGCUGUGGAUUCUGUGGUCAGCGUGCUGGAGUCCUACAGAGGAAGAGAUAAAGUUAUCAGGACGCUCUGCUAUGGCUCCCAGUUGGUAGGGGGGAUCCUUUCCCAGAAGCCAGAAGAAGAGGAAUCGUCCCAGUUUGGGAGGAGUCUGCUAUUAUUUUCUGGUCAGCUCAGCCACUGCAGGACAGUGCUCAGGCUUUUUGACGAUCUGUCCAUGCUAGCCUAUUCGUUCAGUUAUGGGCUGGGAGCUGAGGAGGAGGAUGCAGGUGUGCGCUGGAUAUCUGUGCUGACAAACGUGGCUGAUCAGCUGUACUACCCGUGUGAACACAUCGCUUGGGCUGCUGAUGCUGAGCUCAUUCGAAUAAACUCUAAUAAAUGGUGGCUGUUCAGCGUCAUGCUGUGGGGAGCCUCACUGCUGCUGGGAAUCCUCAGGUCUGUCCACAUUCUGCUGCUGCUGAAAAAGAAGCUGAAGAGAUGUGAGAUGGACAGAAGUGGAAUGAGUCGCACUCAGCUCCAGAGGCAGAUGAGAAGGGAGCUGCUGUCAGUCAUCAGCAGCAUGGCCGACCUCGGCAACGCCAUUCACUGGAUGCCGCCCGGCUUUCUGUGGGCGGGGAGAUUCCCCAGCUGGCUGGUGGGGCUACUGGGCAGCAUCUCCUCUGUGAUUGGUUUGAUCCAAAUGAACUCCGGUAGGCAGUCCGACAGUGUCUUGUUAUCUUCAUCUCAUCACGAAGAAUGAUUCAGAUUCACAAUUUUAUGAAUGAUCUACUGUUUGUUAUAAAAUGACACUCCCUGCACCUUUCAAGAAAUAUUUUUAGAAAAGACUUUAGGAACACCAUUUUUUUUCUUUUUAAUAAAUAAAAUACUUUAAUUUAAAAAUCAUGCUAAUAAAAUGACAUUUUAUAGGCCACCUGUUCAUCCUUUUUGUACUAAUGUGCUGUGCAGCUGUCACUGGGAAGUUCUGCUUUUCUGACAUUACAUUACACUGGCACACCAUAUUUCAUGGUUGCUUGAGAGUUGUUUGAUGACUUUGCUGGAUUUAUCACCAUGAAUUUUAAUGUUUGCAUCCUCACUUCUCGGGUACACAGAAAAGAGCUGGUAUGGUACUGCACAGUGCUUCAUCCCAACAUUUUCAUUGUAAAAAUGUACUGCGCAUGGGUUUUGUUUCUGUAGAAACAAUAAAUCAUGAACAAAUACGUUUACAGUGUGCAUGGUGAUGAAAUAAAAACACACACUAGUAAUAUUUAGACUCCAACUGCUUCCAUAGAAAGUUAUAGGGAGCUGGUCAUUGUCUUUUGGGGAAUGAACAUUUCAUAGGUAUUUGCUGCUAGCUCUUAUUGUGGAUAUAUUGACAUAUAAAAGGCUGGACCGUGCCUGUCAGACAACCCCUGUGUUUUCAAAUGUAUUUCCUAGGGGGUUACAUUGUAUAUAAGGAACAAUACAGUGUUUUAGAUUUUUUUUUUUGUCUUUUAUUAUUUUUUUAUUAUUCUGCAGGAGAGGACGUGGAACGGAUUCUCAUUACGGUCAGAUACCACUUAGAUGAGACACUUAAACUUAUAACUAAAUAGUAAUAAAGAGGGGUUUUUUUGCCACUUAUCAAAGUUGGUUGCCUGGUGUUUGGCAACAGAACUUGAGUUUUUCAUGAAAACCAUCUGUGUUAUGAACAAUACAGAAGAAGCUGAAAUGUAAAU